UUGCUCUCACCGUCCCUUUAGUCUCGUCCCGUUGAAUCUAAACAUCAGGGGAAAGAAGCACAUGAAUAAAGCGUGUUUUAUUUUUUCUCGCCAAUGCUUAUAUAUGAAGAGGAUGCAGUGGAAUGCUGCCAUUUGGGUUCCGGGUAAGGAAGCGUCUCUACUGUCACCCAGCAGUAGCGCAUGAGAGAGGCUCGGAGGACGAGGACGGACUCCUCCCCACCCCCUUGACACUUCCAAGACAGCGCUGAGAAAGGAUAGCUGCCUUUUUCGGCCAGUCUGCGAACGGAGCAGAGACACCGUUACGAAAAAAAGGACUAGACUACAAUCGGGGGUUGCCUAUAUGGCUUUCCAAAGUUCCAUCUCUGAAAACGUGGACAUUGAAGGACACGAGCUAUAGGGGGACAUUGGACACAUAUUGCUCCUUUUCCUUACUCAAUUUUGACACCGAUCCAGCUCAGCGCAUGACCGUACAGAGACUGCUGUAGUCUGUUAGAGGGGACUUCUAACAACUGUUUUAUCGUUAUUUGUUUGAUAUCCCUAUGUGUAUAUUUAUGUGAACAUAUUUUGUCUGGCCUAGGAGUAAUUUUUACGCAUACUGGAACCAUCAAACGGAUGUCCCAUGAACAUAUUAUACAACUGAACCAGACACUGAACCUGAAGAGAGAAGCACUAACCACAGUGACACUCGCAUUUGAUAACUUCACCUGCUACUGUCGUCAAAUUAAGUGUGAUUCCAAUUGACCAACGAGGCGUCAUCUCUGUUGCAGGUUGCGCUAUCAAAGCCUCUCGCACCUUGGGGCAGGAGAUAGCGAUUUUCUGUUGUUGAAUUGUCUUGCCUAUUUCUGCCAUCCAUAAACUGCGACAGAGGACAGAAAAGGCACACAAAUGUAAACAAGAGAGAGCAUCUCUCCUGCUGAAGUGUACCCUAAACUGACUGACGCCGCAGUCACCCCGCAUCGAAGAGGAAUACGUGCCGAACUUUGCUGUAGUGAUGCUGCAAGUGGAGAUGGUGCUAUUCGUCUUUCUGGUGAUAUGGAUGUGUGUAUUCAGCCAGGAACCCAGCUCCAAGGUGGUGGCCGACCGCUAUGCCGUCUUCUGGAACCGAACCAACCCCAGGUUCCACCGUGGAGACUACCACAUUGACGUGUGUAUAAACGACUACCUGGACGUGUUCUGUCCCCACUAUGAAGACACGGUGCCCGAGGAGCGGACGGAGCGCUACGUCCUCUACAUGGUCAACUACGACGGCUACAGUACGUGUGACCACACCGCCAAGGGCUUCAAACGCUGGGAGUGUAACAGGCCUCACUCCCCCAAUGGGCCGCUCAAGUUCUCAGAAAAGUUCCAGCUCUUCACCCCCUUCUCUCUGGGCUUCGAGUUCAGACCGGGCAGAGAGUACUACUACAUCUCCUCCACUAUCGCCGAGAACGGAAGAAGAACAUGCCUGAAACUCAAAGUUUUCGUCCGACCGUCAAACAACUGCGUGAAAACUAUAGGCGUACAUGACCGUGUUUUUGACGUUAACGACAAAGUAGACAAUUCAUUAGAACCCCGAGAUGAUACGAGUCACGAGUCGGCCGAACCUUCCAGGAGUGACGGCACAAAUGCAGCGUCACACUCGCGGAUAGCCAGACCACUUCUGGCUGCACUGCUAAUCUGCCUAGCAACACUCUUCACCUUAUAGCGCCUCCCCCUGUCCUGGACGGGAAUUAUACCCUGUGCGGCCUGAAUCUGCCCAAUGCUGAAGCUGGGGCUGGGGUGGGAGAAUUGGGGGGGUUUGGGGUAUUGAGAGUGGGCUUCAUAAGAAACACUCUAUUUUCUUCCAGAUAUUUAAGUGGUCUUUCUCCUUCAGUGAGUUUGUAAAAGUUGAUGUUGGAAGCGGGAGAGACUGUUUCCCUCUUAAAACUGUCAACUAAGAUGCCAAAUCCCUGUUUUUGACACUUAGUGAUUCUUGUUUUCCUAUGACUUCUGACAUCACUUUACGUCAUGCUGAUCCAUUGUACCGCUCACAUACACACACACACACACACAUAUAGGUACACACACCUACACACACACACUUUUACACUGACAGUUUAGCAGUAGCUCUUUUGGUAGGUUGUAAAGCAGUAAUACACAGUAUGUAAUGGUGGUUUUAGCUCAUAUGUAGACAGAGAACAAGAGAUCAGAUAUGGGUAGUACUCACAUCUCCUAGUCUUUACAGAUUCACCUCUCUCUGGACCAGGUGGAUGUAGAUAGGUGUUUUUUUUGUUGGGUUUUAGAGAUAGAGGAGGGUCAUGGGUAUCAGUUGAGAUACAAGCGUAGAACAUGUUUAGUAGGAGGGUAUGGGAAUGAGUGAGCUGAGUUGGUUGAACUAUUGUCGAGUCCCUUGGCCUCUUUGAUGAAGGUUCGCUGUCAUUUACCGUCCUUGUGUGUGUAGAGAAUGGCCUGGUGCAGUCAAGAAAAUGUUGCCUUGGCACACAAAUAAAAGACAAAUCAAACACUUUCGUUCAACACUUUGUGCACCGUUGCUAGAAUAAAAUAUAAAUUAUUUGAACGAUUACUCAA